AUGACCAUAGCAACUGAGAUUUUGUGUCCUGAAGAAGAGGCAUUCCAGCUCCUCGACAAGUACUCUUGGUUUCCCAACGACGACCAGCGACGUUGGUGGGAACAUACUGGGCCCAAUUUGCUCAAACUUCUGCGUGAUGCUCAGUAUCCGCAGAAGGAUCAGCUUCCUUGCCUCCAUCUCCAGCACAAUGUGACCACCUAUGGCGUUCAUUUCGAGCUCAGCUGGAAUCUCCUACAUAAUAUCCUGCGGAUUGGAAUCCGGCGUCGAUUCAGGCACUUCCAACACGAACUUUUGGUGACCCCGAUGAAGAAAGCCGGUCGCUCAAGAAGAAAGCCCCCCCUCCCCAAAUCCGGGCGAGGCCAGCAAACCCUGGCAGUGGAAUUCCAGAACGGCGGCAUCAGCGCCAAGGCCUACUUCUUCCCAGGCAUGAAGUCGCUGGCGACUGGAAUCCCGCCGGGAAAGCUCAUUCUCGACUCCAUCGAGAGGCUUGCUCUCUCGGGAUUGAAGGAAACCCAUACCGCGAUUGCCCCGUUCCUUCUCGGUGUCGACCUGUGCACUCCCGAGCCCACGGACAUGUGGACUCCUCGCGGGAAACGUCUGGAAGAUCCUCAAUGUGCCGAUGCCGAUGGUCUGGCCCUCCUGAGGAAACUCAAGAUCCAGCCGGAUUUUGCUUUUGGGACACCUCCUGCCGAGGACUACCGACCCGUCAUGAUGGCGAACUGGACCCUAUCUCCCAAGAAAAAAUUUCCGGACCCCAGACCUCCUUACCUAAUGGACGCACUCAUGGCGUUCUACAAGGUUCUGGGUUGGACGGAUCUGGCCAGCACGUACAAGGAUAAAGUGGCCUCAUACGAGUGA